AUGCCAGAGCUCACGUCGAAGGGGACUACCAUCUCUAAGAAAGGCUUCAAGAAAGCUGUAACUAAAACUCAGAAGAAAGAAGGGAAAAAGCGAAAGAGAGGUCGGAAAGAGAGCUACUCAAUCUACAUCUACAAGGUGCUAAAGCAAGUUCAUCCCGAUACAGGUAUCUCUUCGAAGGCCAUGAGCAUCAUGAAUUCUUUCGUCACUGACAUCUUCGAGCGCAUCGCGAGCGAGGCGUCGCGCCUGGCGCAUUACAACAAGCGCUCCACGAUCACGUCCCGGGAGAUCCAGACGGCCCUGCGCUUGCUGUUACCAGGGGAGUUGGCCAAGCACGCGGUGUCCGAGGGCACCAAAGCUGUCACCAAGUACACCAGCUCCAAGUAA